AUGAUUACGUCUGGAUUAUUCAAUAAUUACAUACAGGAUUUGUACGCAUGCGCUAGCGGCAUUUUUUACCACGUGCGAAGGUUUGCUCACAUUUUCACAUACACAGCCAACAGAAUGGCACGUCGUUUCGAUCGAAACAUCAAAAGAAGAAAACGAUCUAUUAGGGCAAUGAAAUACAAAGCCCGCAAAAAUAGAAAGUUCUACUCCAAUGUUCUUUAUGCAAGAGAACAUGUAUUCAAUCUGACCAAAAACAAGUUAACAGAUAGUGAAUACUUAUUGUUAGCAAAAGAACUGAAAUUCAUCCCAACACCUUCGACAAAAGUCGCAAAAAACGACUUACUCAAGGAUUUUGAGGAACUUGCACGUAAAAUGAGAUGUAAGUUCAAUUUCAAGACUAACAACGAUGAGAUUCAUCCUUUCUACACAAAGAGUGGAUAUGAACCACCUAAGAUGAUUGGUGCACUUGAAACCUACAUCGAUAAGACCAAACUUGAACUUUCCUCAAUUCAAAUAAAAAAAUGCUCUGAUAAUUUAUCUCAACUUGAGAGAAGAGCACUUAACCAGUUACGAUAUCGCCACGAUAUUGUAAUUAAAAAGGCAGACAAAAACAACAUAUGUGUUGUUAUGAACAAACACGAUUAUAUUAAGGAGGGCGAUCGCCAAUUGAACACUAAAUAUUACGAAAUAAUUGACGAUUUUGAUUUAUCAGUGCUCCAAAGGAAUAUUGAAAAUAAAAUCAAUGAACUUAAGGCAAAUGGGUAUCUAGAUAAAGUUACAUAUAGAUUUUUAAUGGAUAUUACGUAUCCACGAAUAGGUAGAUUAUACUUACUACCUAGACUUCACAAAUUAGAUCAGACGAUGUUUGAUCUUAUCAAAGAACAGGGCCACUACAAUCAAGAAAUCAUUUGCCCGGCACGACCUAUUAUCUCGCAAUGCGGGUCGGCGACGGAACGAAUCAGCCAAUAUGUUGAUUACUUCCUAAUACCAAUAGUCAAAACACAAUCCACUUACAUCAGAGAUAGCUCUGAUUUCAUAAUGAAAGUAGAAAAACUUAGACCUCAAGCAGAAUGCAUAAUGGUCAGUUAUGAUGUAACAUCCCCGUAUACAAAUAUGCAGUUCAACGAAUUACUCACAGCUGUCAGUGAAGCAUACUCUAAAUUCAACAAAGGAGAAUUUAAAAUUCCUUCGCCACCUACAGAAGAUCUUCUGUGGUUGUUACAAACAAUAUUAGAAAAUAAUGUCUUUGAAUUUAUUUCUAAGAAAUAUAAACAAAUUAUAGGCUGCGCAAUGGGCUCAAAAUGCAGUCCUGAAAUGUGCGAUAUCAGAAUGUAUGAAGUCACUUCGGAAAUUCUAAACAAAUUUCCAUUUCAACAUAAUAUUGUUUAUCACGGUCGAUAUCGAGAUGAUGGAUUUAUAAUCUAUCAUGGGGAAAUGGAUGAAAUUCAUCAAGUUUUCCAAAUAGCAAAUUCACAUCAUCCUCUUUUAAAAUUCACAUAUGAAAUUUCUGACAAAGAAAUGAACUUCCUUGACAUCACCCUAUUUAAGGGAGAAAGGUUUGAAUUAGAAGGAAUUCUUGAUGUCAAAACUUUCAUAAAACCUACUAAUACUUUCCAGUAUCUGGAACGCAAUAGUGCACAUAGCCCCUCUGUUUUCAAGGGAAUCAUUAAAGGCGAAAUCAUUCGUCAUUUACGCAAUACUAGCGAUUCUAAUAUUUUUCAUAAUGCGAUCGAGAAGUUCAAAUUUUCUCUGUUGAAAAGAGGAUAUAAUGAAAAUGAGAUUAACAGUUCAAUGAACAAUGUUCUAGAAAAUUACAAAAGAGACCAUUUAAAUCAAAAAAAGAAAGUUAACAGUAAUUCUGAUAUAUCAUUGGUCAUGGUUACAAAAUACAACCCAGCCAUUAGCAAUAUCAAAAAGAAAUUGCUAAAAUACUGGCACACUCUAUCAAGAGAGCCCGAACUCAAAGAUAUAUUCAAAGACAAACCAAUUAUAGCAUAUAAAAAACACAGGAGUUUAGGAGAUCUCCUAACAAGUUCAAAACUUUAA